AUGUCGAUGCAAUCUUCAACGAUGGCGGGUCCUUCUCGACCUUCCAAGAACCCGAAGAAAAAACACGCCAAACCACUGAAAUCCAAGAGGGUCAAGAGGGCAACUGAGCUGCAGAAAAUCGAGGCCUUGGAUAAGGAAGCGAUGUCCUAUAUAGCUCCAGCAGACUUGAGUGCAUUUGCUUCUCUGCCGAUAACCGAACAAACCAAACGAGGCUUAAAGAAAGCAUUUUUUGUCGAUAUGACUGAAAUUCAGACGCAGAGUAUACCGAUAUCGUUAAAGGGCAAGGACGUGCUAGCUGCCGCCCGGACAGGGAGUGGCAAGACUUUGGCAUUCCUUGUACCAGUGCUAGAAAUCCUCUUUCGUCGGAAAUGGGGGCCAAGUGAUGGACUCGGAGCACUGAUUAUUUCUCCAACCCGUGAACUCGCGGUUCAGAUCUUCGACGUGUUACGAUCUAUUGGAGGGUUUCAUUCCUUCUCUGCGGGCUUGGUCAUCGGGGGCAAGAAUUUGAAGGAUGAGAAAGACCGACUCUCGAGGAUGAAUAUCUUGGUGGCCACGCCUGGACGGCUGCUGCAGCAUAUGGAUCAGACACUCGGAUUCAACGCAGAUAAUUUGCAGAUACUCGUGCUCGACGAAGCCGACCGUAUAUUGGACAUGGGAUUCUCGCGUACGCUGACCGCCCUUCUAUCCCACCUCCCUAAGUCUCGCCAAACACUCCUCUUCUCUGCGACGCAAACCCAAUCUGUACAAGAUUUAGCUCGUUUGAGUCUCAAAGAUCCUGUACCCAUCGGCGUCGGUGAAGCUGGCGACCCAUCCGCCUCUGCCACCCCUCAGAGUCUUGAACAACACUACACCGUAUGCCCUCUGGACAAGAAACUCGACGUUCUAUGGAGUUUUAUCAAAACACAUCUGCAGUCCAAAAUCGUCGUAUUCAUGUCCAGCUGCAAGCAAGUAAGAUUCGUGUUCGAAACCUUCUGUAAACUCCACCCAGGUGUCCCUUUGCUCCACCUCCACGGGAAACAAAAGCAAACCACUCGUCUUUCAAUGUACACUAAAUUCACAUCCACAUCCCAUGCCGUCUUAUUCGCUACCGAUAUCGCUGCUCGUGGUUUAGACUUUCCCGCAGUCGAUUGGGUCAUUCAAGUCGAUGCUCCAGAAGACGCCGACACUUACAUCCAUCGCGUAGGUCGUACUGCGAGAUAUGGGAGCGCUGGGAAAGCACUUAUGUUUUUGCUUCCGAGUGAAGAACAGGGGAUGUUGGGUCUUUUGGAGGCUAAGGGCAUAACCAUCAAGAACAUCAAAGUUCGACCAAGUAAAACUCGCAGCAUUGAAAACGAAUUGCAGAAUCUUGCGUUCAAGGAUCCGGAGAUCAAAUACCUUGGACAAAGGGCGUUCGUCUCAUACAUGAGAUCAAUAUACUUACAAAAGAACAAGUCAGUGUUCAAACUUGAAGGCUUACCCAUCCAACGCUUCGCCGAGUCUCUGGGCCUGCCUGGAGCACCGAAGAUAAAAUUCCUCAGCAAGGAACUGGCAGCCCAGAAAAAGAACGCCUCGCGGACUGUUGCUGCUGCGCAGGCCGAAGUCCUCAAGGAAAAGGCCGACGACUCGGACGACGACCUGAUGGAGUCCUCGGACGAGAGCGAUGAGGGAACUACAAACGAGCAAGCGACCAAGCUGACAAAAACGAAUGGCGUUCGCACGAAAUACGACCGCAUGUUCGAACGCAAGAAUCAAAACAUCUUAUCGGAGCAUUACAAUAAGCUUAUAGAUCAUGACGAUGAUGCGGAUGAUGCGGACGACUUCAUUACCCUGAAGCGCGCCAACCAUGACAUCGAUGAUGACUCCGAAGAAAGUGAUAUUGACUUGUCUCAGCUGUCCAAACGUAAACAACGGAUGGGCCGUAUCAAACGCAUCGUAGCUACAGCCCCUCUCCCCAAGAAACUGGUAUUCGAUGAUCAAGGGAAUCCCCAUGAUGUCUACGAGCUCGCUGACGCUGACAGGCUGUAUGAGGAACGCGGGGGGUUGGAAGGAGUCAAGGAGGAGGGCAAGAAGUUUGCGGAAGGAGAACGGGGCAAGAUGAGAGUGACAGAUCAGGUUGACAAACAAGAAGCCAGGGACAAGAAACGGGAAAAGAAACGGAAAAGGAAAGAGAGAGAGCGUGGAACAAACGUGGAUGUGGAUGAGUCCGGGGCUGUCGUGGCGCCUCCAUCCGACGACGAUGGAUAUGUCUCCCCUGAAUUCAACCUUCCAGACCUAUCCUCGGAGGAUGAAGAACACUGGCGAACUGCUCCGCCACCACCGAAGCGCAGUAAAAUAUCGAAUACUAAAUCAGAACGAUACCCGUCACCUCUGGACGAUCUCGAGGCGGACGAAGAACUGGCCUUGCAGUUGCUACGUAGGAAGUAA